AUGAAUACAUUGAGAUUGAAUUUUAACGAUCCGGAUGAAAAUGCCCUUGGGUCGGAUCCUGAUGAUUUUGCGAAGGAAGAACUUUCAAAUGAAUCGAAAAACUCCCAACUUGUGAAGGCAGCAACUAUUGAAAACUGGAAACUUAAGAAAAUAAAUAUAUUGGAAGAACUAAAAAAUAAAGACUCCAUUCUCUUCAAACCUUCCAUUCCCACAAAAUCAACAUCACUGGCCACCUACGUCAAUCAUUCACUAACUCUACAGAACCUAAUUAGAUUGGGGGUUGAUCUCACAAAAGUUGAAUAUAACUUAGAUAUAGCUGAGUAUCUUGUAAAGUCAGAUUUCAAAAAAGACAUUCAACCGUACAUCCUUUUCCUACACGACCACAAAGUCCCAGCCACCGAGUUAGCUGGAAUAUUCACAAAGAAUCCCAAAAUAUUCAUAGAACCAUUAGAGAAUUUACAAUUGAGAAUUGAUUAUUUGAAAUCCAAAAUGUUUCCAGAUGAAUCCAUAGUAAGAAUCAUAACAAAGGUUCCAUCUGUACUAACCACUUCCACCUUGGUAACUGACAAACAACUUGGAUUUUUGCAAGAAAAAUUUAAACUGACUGGUGAUGAAGUGAGGAUUGUUGCAAAUAAAUACCCCAAGCUGCUUGUUUGGAAAUCUAAUUUGAUUAGUGAGAACAAAUUACAUUUGGUGGGUGUCAUGGGUUUCACAGACGCAGAAGUUAAGAAGAUGCUGUUAACUUAUCCUAAGUUGCUCACUGCUGGCAAAAUUGCCCUGGCCCAAAGGUUUGACUACCUACACAACUCAAUUGGUCUCAGUCACGAGGAUAUCUUACAGUGGCCUCAGGUUCUCAAGACCAGGCUGAUCAUAAUCCGACAGAGGCAUGGAUUUUUAAAGUUGUUGAAGAGGGAUCAGUUUGAUAAAAAAGUUGAAAAUUUUGUGUCUCUGAAGUCUCUUGUGGCUCUGAGCGAUGAAGAGUUCUGUAAACUUGUUGCUAAAGUUCCAGCUCUACAUUAUAAUGAUUAUUUAAAGUCGCUAUAG